AUGGAGGCAGCAGAGCGGGAGCGGGAGCGGGAGCGGGAGCGGGAAAUGAUCCCGAGGCUUUUUCCCGACGUGUGCAAUCCCAAGGGAGAAAUGGCCGUCUUCAUACGUCGUCGAACCCGUCCCUUUUGGGCCAACAUUGGCAAUGGCAUGCUUACUUUAAUUGCACUGCUUCAGAACUCCAGGAGCUCACAUAGCAUUUCGGAAGAUGAUCAAUCUGCAAUUUCAGAAACGCUUACCAAGAUCGCCCCGUUAACAAGUUAG